AUGGAAAUUGAUAAAUUAUUUAGCAGCAGGGCUUUGUCACUAGAGUCAGUGGUAUCUCAAAGUGAACAUAGGCCCCUCUCUCCUGACUCACCUGUCCCUCUGUUCAAACCUCCUCAUAUCAGUUGUGAUGUGGAACUAUCAAGGCAGAGGUCAUUUACACCAGAAUCAUUAGCUUCAGACUGGGAAGACAGAAGUUUGUGUCUGGAAACCCUGUUUGACCAGACCAGACCAGACUCCCCACAGUCUUUGUCAGACAUGGAAAUUGAUCAAUUAUUUAGCAGCAGGGCUUUGUCACCAGAGUUUGUGUCUUCAGAUUUGGACUUUUCACUCAUUCAGACUUGGUUGUCAGACUUUAGAGUGUCAUCACCUGAAUCUGUGGCAUCAGUUGAACAUUAUUGUUGGUCUCCUCAUAUUUCAUUUAGCCAGAUAAAUAAUCAACACUGUAACUAUUACUUGGAAUACCCAAAAAGUACACCAAUGUCACCUAUUUCACCAAUAUCAGAUGUUGAGUAUUCCCCCUAUUAUGUAGAGGAGUUGUUUGAUGAAAACAGACCAGACUCACCAGAUUCCCUUACUUUACAAGAUGAAACUGUUAGCUUAAACACAACUUUGACUGCAUCUCUUCCAUUGUGCACUAUAAGGCCUUUUACAUAUGCAGAGGUUGUGCGGGGCUACACACAUGAAAACCAACCUUGUGUAUUGGGGGACAGAUUGUUUGAGUUAAGACCUGCUUGUCUUCCAUCACUGUCAUCAGACAAGGAGUACAUUGAGUCCUUCAUAGACCAUCCCCUGGAAGACUUAAGACCGCAAUCUCCAGAGUCAGUGGUAUCUCAAAGUGAACAUAGGCCCCUCUCUCCUGACUCACCUGUCCCUCAGUUCAAACCUCCUCAUAUCAGUUGUGAUGUGGAACUAUCAAGGCAGAGGUCAUUUACACCAGAAUCAUUAGCUUCAGACUGGGAUGACAGAAGUUUGUGUCUGGAAACCCUGUUUGACCAGACCAGACCAGACUCACCACAGUCUGUUUUGUCAGACAUGGAAAUUGAUAAAUUAUUUAGCAGCAGGGCUUUGUCACCAGAGUCAGUGGUAUCUCAAAGUGAACAUAGGCCCCUCUCUCCUGACUCACCUGUCCCUCUGUUCAAACCUCCUCAUAUCAGUUGUGAUGUGGAACUAUCAAGGCAGAGGUCAUUUACACCAGAAUCAUUAGCUUCAGACUGGGAAGACAGAAGUUUGUGUCUGGAAACCCUGUUUGACCAGACCAGACCAGACUCCCCACAGUCUUUGUCAGACAUGGAAAUUGAUAAAUUAUUUAGCAGCAGGGCUUUGUCACCAGAGUCUGUGUCUUCAGAUUUGGACUUUUCACUCAUUCAGACUUGGUUGUCAGACUUUAGAGUGUCAUCACCUGAAUCUGUGGCAUCAGUUGAACAUUAUUGUUGGUCUCCUCAUAUUUCAUUUAGCCAGAUAAAUAAUCAACACUGUAACUAUUACUUGGAAUACCCAAAAAGUACACCAAUGUCACCUAUUUCAACAAUAUCAGAUGUUGAGUAUUCCCCCUAUUAUGUAGAGGAGUUGUUUGAUGAAAACAGACCAGACUCACCAGAUUCCCUUACUUUACAAGAUGAAACUGUUAGCUUAAACACAACUUUGACUGCAUCUCUUCCAUUGUCCACUGGAAGGCCUUUUACAUAUGCAGAGGUUGUGCGGGGCUACACACAUGAAAACCAACCUUGUGUAUUGGGGGACAGAUUGUUUGAGUUAAGACCUGCUUGUCUUCCAUCACUGUCAUCAGACAAGGAGUACAUUGAGUCCUUCAUAGACCAUUCCCUGGAAGACUUAAGACCGCAAUCUCCAGAGUCAGUGGUAUCUCAAAGUGAACAUAGGCCCCUCUCUCCUGACUCACCUAUCCCUCAGUUCAAACCUCCUCAUAUCAGUUGUGAUGUGGAACUAUCAAGGCAGAGGUCAUUUACACCAGAAUCAUUAGCUUCAGACUGGGAAGACAGAAGUUUGUGUCUGGAAACCCUGUUUGACCAGACCAGACCAGACUCACCACAGUCUUUGUCAGACAUGGAAAUUGAUCAAUUAUUUAGCAGCAGGGCUUUGUCACCAGAGUCUGUGUCUUCAGAUUUGGACUUUUCACUCAUUCAGACUUGGUUGUCAGACUUUAGAGUGUCAUCACCUGAAUCUGUGGCAUCAGUUGAACAUUAUUGUUGGUCUCCUCAUAUUUCAUUUAGCCAGAUAAAUAAUCAACACUGUAACUAUUACUUGGAAUACCCAAAAAGUACACCAAUGUCACCUAUUUCAACAAUAUCAGAUGUUGAGUAUUCCCCCUAUUAUGUAGAGGAGUUGUGUGAUGAAAACAGACCAGACUCACCAGAUUCCCUUACUUUACAAGAUGAAACUGUUAGCUUAAACACAACUUUGAUUGCAUCUCUUCCAUUGUGCACUGGAAGGCCUUUUACAUAUGCAGAGGUUGUGCGGGGCUACACACAUGAAAACCAACCUUGUGUAUUGGGGGACAGAUUGUUUGAGUUAAGGCCUGCUUGUCUUCCAUCACUGUCAUCAGACAAGGAGUACAUUGAGUCCUUCAUAGACCAUUCCCUGGAAGACUUAAGACCGCAAUCUCCAGAGUCAGUGGUAUCUCAAAGUGAACAUAGGCCCCUCUCUCCUGACUCACCUGUCCCUCAGUUCAAACCUCCUCAUAUCAGUUGUGAUGUGGAACUAUCAAGGCAGAGGUCAUUUACACCAGAAUCAUUAGCUUCAGACUGGGAAGACAGAAGUUUGUGUCUGGAAACCCUGUUUGACCAGACCAGACCAGACUCACCACAGUCUGUUUUGUCAGACAUGGAAAUUGAUAAGUUAUUUAGCAGCAGGGCUUUGUCACCAGAGUCUGUGUCUUCAGAUUUGGACUUUUCACUCCUUCAGACUUGGUUGUCAGACUUUAGAGUAUCAUCACCUGAAUCUGUGGCAUCAGUUGAACAUUAUUGUUGGUCUCCUCAUAUUUCAUUUAGCCAGAUAAAUAAUCAACACUGUAACUAUUACUUGGAAUACCCAAAAAGUACACCAAUGUCACCUAUUUCAACAAUAUCAGAUGUUGAGUAUUCCCCCUAUUAUGUAGAGGAGUUGUUUGAUGAAAACAGACCAGACUCACCAGAUUCCCUUACUUUACAAGAUGAAACUGUUAGCUUAAACACAACUUUGACUGCAUCUCUUCUAUUGUGCACUGGAAGACCUUUUUCAUAUGCAGAGGUUGUGCGGGGCUACACACAUGAAAACCAACCUUGUGUAUUGGGGGACAGAUUGUUUGAGUUAAGACCUGCUUGUCUUCCAUCACUGUCAUCAGACAAGGAGUACAUUGAGUCCUUCAUAGACCAUUCCCUGGAAGACUUAAGACCGCAUCUCCAGAGUCAGUGGUAUCUCAAAGUGAACAUAGGCCCCUCUCUCCUGACUCACCUGUCCCUCAGUUCAAACCUCCUCAUAUCAGUUGUGAUGUGGAACUAUCAAGGCAGAGGUCAUUUACACCAGAAUCAUUAG